AUGCGCCGCGCUGGCGCGAGAGGGCUCGGGCGGGAGCUAGGAAGGGUGGUAAACGGGGCAACGCUUAGUAGACAGAGCACCUGCGGACUGUCGACCAGAGUUCAGUCUCGCAGUCCCGUGGCGCUGACGUCUCCGACAAAAUGGACAAGAAACAGCUCGCUUCAGACAAUUGGGCAGACACGGCGCCAGAGCACCGUAGCCGCAGCUCAAGAUGGCGAGGAUGAGGCAGCUCCGGGCACUUACAGUGAGGCCGAUCACGAGCACGCCGUCAUUUCCACGUUUGAUCUCUUUUCUAUCGGAAUUGGGCCGUCCUCUUCCCACACUGUUGGCCCUAUGCGUGCCGGCAAUAUUUUCAUCACAGAUCUCCAGGAGGCGGGACUCCUCCAACAGGUCGAAAAGAUUCACAUCUCCAUUUACGGCAGUCUGGCAUUAACGGGAGAAGGACACAUGACGCCUUCUGCUUUGGUCCUGGGCCUGGAAAGUGCCAAUGUCGAGACGGUAGAUACCGCCUAUGUGCCCGAACGCUUUGAGCAGAUCAAGAAGCAAAAGAAGCUUUUUCUUGGCCACGGACUUCCCGAGGGAAAGGGAAAGGGCAAGGAAAUUGCAUUCGACUACGAUGUCGAUUUCAAAUGGCAGUGGGGAAAGACACUGGCGCUGCACAGCAAUGGAAUGCGUCUGACCGUCUUUGACAAGGAAGGAAACAUGUUGGCAACCAAUGAAUUGUUCAGCGUGGGUGGAGGGUUUGUCGUCAAUGGCGCCAUGUCAACAGCCGCCACUUCAGCACCCUCGUCGCUAGGCUCGGAGGGAUCAUCUUCGAGCCAGGAACCAGAAGCGCCUGGCCGCCACCCUGCCGAUCUGGUAGAAAACAUGUAUUACAAGGAGAUUCGUCGUUCAGAUGCCGCUGGCGAUCGGAGAACUGGUGCCGAAAUCAACCCGAUUGAAAGCGCAGGUGAGACUGCUGGACUUCUUGGAACAGAAGGCGGCGACCUCGUGCCAAGAGCUGCUUCUGAAGAUGUACCAGCCAAUACUGCAGCUGUACAGGACCAGGGGCCUCGAUAUCCAUUCCGAGACGCAAGCAGUCUGCUAGCUCUUUGCCACAAGCAUAACCUUACAAUUGCUCAACUCGUCUUCGAAAAUGAAAGGAGCCAUGGAUACACGGAUGAAGAGAUUUUGGAAAAGAUCUGGCGCAUCUGGGAAGUCAUGGACAAUAGUAUCCUUGAGGGUGUUCAGGCUCCAGUGGAUUCGGUCCUGCCAGGCUCUUUGAAAUUGCACAGACGAGCUCCAGCUCUGUAUCGUCGGUUGACUAGAGGUUUAUACCCCUCGCACACGCAGAGCCUUGGCUUGAACAGCUCCUCGCAGGCCUCAAUCGCCACCCCUCAAGCGACCAAGGCCACGACCGCACUGGCUCGCAAGGAGGUUUCAGUCAAGCGCGGUCCUCCACGCAUUCAUGGAUCCUUGUCACAUGCAGUCAUGCCUUCACCAACACGUCGCACCACCUUCCCAGCCAUGGACCACCUCAGCGUUUACGCCAUGGCCGUCAACGAGACGAAUGCUGCCGGCGGGCGUAUUGUCACGGCUCCGACCAACGGUGCAGCCGGUAUCAUUCCAGCUGUGCUCAAGUACACCAUCGAGUUUGUCAGCGACGACCCGGAGCGCGACGUUCCGACGUUUCUCUUGACCGCAGCCGCCAUCGGCAUGUUAUAUAAGCGAGGCGCCACCAUCUCGGCCGCAGAAGGCGGCUGUAUGGCUGAAGUCGGCGUUGCCUGCUCCAUGGCUGCUGGUGCAUUCGCCGCGUGCAUGGGCGCCAGCCCCGAGACCAUCGAGCAGGCGGCCGAGAUUGGCAUUGAGCACAACUUGGGACUGACGUGCGACCCCAUCGGCGGUCUUGUCCAGGCGCCGUGCAUCGAGCGAAAUGCUCUGGGCGCCAUCAAGGCCAUCUCCAGCGCCAACUUGGCACUCAGCAGCUCGGGCAUGCAAAAGGUCCGCCUCGACGACGCCAUCCGGGCCAUGCGUCUUACGGCCAAGGGCAUGCGCAACGAGUUCAAGGAGACCAGUCUGAGCGGUCUGGCCACAAGUGUUCCCAUGCACAUUCCCGUCAGUGUACCAGACUGUUGA